UUCAACGAACGUAUUGCUUCGAAACAGUUUUAAGCAUUUACAUAGCAAAUACUUUUUUUAAAUUUUGCAACGCCUUUUGAAAACCACAAGAAGAAACAGUUAGCAGACAUCGGGAUGGCGCUUGGCCGGAGUCAAACUAUCUGCCACUACUAUAUGCGGGGCAUCUGCCGCUUCGGGGAUUUCUGCCGCUUCUCCCACAAGCUGAACCUUGGGCGUCUGGGUGUCCGUCCUUGGUGGGAUGUGGAGGAGCAGGAUGUGGCCGGCACGAGCAGCUACAGUCGCCAGAGGAUGUGGGCGAAUGCGCCGGUGUUUGUGCCCCGGCAAUUGCGUAAGACAGCCGAAUCCGAGGUGAACGGCAAUGGGUCCCCGGUGAUACCAGGAUCGCUGGACGAGAUCUGCCCAUACGAUGGCCCGUGCAUGUGGGGCUCACUGUGCCCCUAUCGCCACCACCUGGAGCUGUGCGAGAUGUGCGACCUCUACUGCCUGCAUCCGUGGGAUCUGGAGCAGCGCAAGGAGCACAAUCGCGAGUGCCUCCGGCAGCACGAGCUGGCGAUGGAGCUGUCCUUCGCGAUCGCCCGCUCCAAGGACAAGAUGUGCGGCAUCUGCUUCGAUACCAUUGUGGAGAAGGAGGGCCGGGACAAGCGGUUCGGCAUCCUGCCCAAGUGCAACCACGUGUUCUGUUUGAAAUGCAUCCGCACCUGGCGGCAGGCCAAACAGUUCGAGCAUACGGUAACGCGAGCUUGCCCCGAAUGUCGCGUUAGCUCGGACUUCGUCUGCCCCAGCGUCUUCUGGGUGGACACCAAGGAGGACAAGGAGAAGCUGCUCACGGACUACCGCACCGCGGUGGGCAAGAAGGACUGCAAGUACUUCCGGCGGGGCGAGGGGAAGUGCCCGUUUGGCAACAAGUGCUUCUACAAACACGCCCUGCCCAAUGGCGUACUCGUCGAUGUGGGCUUGCCGUGGCGGAAUCAAAACAAACCGAUCCGGAACGGAAUAGUCGACCUGCUCGAAAUCUAUCCGUGGGCCAACAGUGCCGAUAGCCACGAAUGGCCCGAUACGUUUUCGAGUGAUUCAAGCGACACCUCCGACACCUCGGAGGAAUAUUAGGCUCUGCGACUCGACUCCGGGAAACUUAGGCAGCAACAUAUGCCCACAAGCAUACUAGUGUAGUACCAGAGCAGCGUAUAUUCAGUAUUGAAGCGAUUUGUUUAUAGAUGAUACUGAACCAAAUAUCGAAUUCGAAAUCAAACAAAAUAUUCAUUUGGCAACCAAAUUUAGGUUAACAUGUAUAACAAUCCUCCACUUAAUGCCACCAAAUUGUUAAAUCAAAUAA